GACGUCAGUUACCGCCAAUAUGACUUCUGUUUUGAUUAGAUUUAAACAGAUUUUGUGAUGAUUAUUUUUUUUUUAAACUAGAUUUCUACCAUCGGAACAGAGUUUCUCUCGAUGUUUUCAGGGUGUGUUAAACAAUGUGGACUCCCCGACAAAUAUAUUGCUCUCAAAAGGCGAACGAUGGCUUUGUAGCUCCUCUGGGUCCUGUAAAUACUCCAGUGAAAUUGUUUGGUGACUCUGAAGUGUCAGCCGAGAGCCACCAAACCAUGGGUCCCCUCACCACACCCAAAAAGGGAAGGGAAGUCGGCUCCGUCGAUCCCUGGACGCCGACUUCGAACCUCAAAAUGCUCAUCAGCGCAGCCAGUCCUGAAAUCAGGAACCGAGAGAAGGAACUGUGCAUGGACAACGAUGGACAAGAGGAUGUUGAAUCUACACAGGAAACUGAAAAUGGAGAAGAAAAAAUGAUCAGCAGGAAAGAGAAGAGUCUGGGUUUGCUCUGUCAUAAAUUCCUCGCCCGAUACCCAGAUUACCCGAACCCUGAUGUCAACAACGACAUCUGCCUCGACGACGUGGCCACUGAGCUCAAUGUAGAGCGCAGGCGGAUCUACGACAUCAUGAACGUGCUGGAGAGUCUGCACAUGGUGAGCCGCUCGGCCAAGAACCGCUACAGCUGGCACGGUCGCACCAAGCUGGCUCAGACCCUCGCCAUUCUGAAGCAGGUGGGCGAGGAGCACAAGUACGGCCAGCAGAUGCAGCAGAUCAAGCAGCGUCUCCUGGACAGGGAGUUUGACUUCGACGGGGAGGAGAAGGAGAACGAGGAGGUGGUGGUGGUGGACCUGGAGAACGGGGAGCAGGGCCAAAAGGAGCUCUUUUUUGUGGAGCUUCCAGGAGUAGAGUUCAAAGCAGCCUCCGUUAACAGUCGGAAGGACAAAUCUCUGAGGGUGAUGAGCCAGAAGUUCGUCAUGCUCUUUCUGGUCUGUAAUCCUCGCGUGGUCAGUCUGGAGGUGGCCGCCAAGAUCCUGAUCGGAGAGGACCAGGGUGCCGAUCAAGACAAGAACAAGUUCAAGACCAAGGUGCGGCGGCUGUAUGACAUCGCUAAUGUGCUGCGGAGCCUGAAGCUCAUCGAGAAAGUCCACGUGACAGAAGAGCGGGGACGGAAACCGGCCUUUGAGUGGGUCGGACCUGAAGAAUUCCCUCAAGUCAAAGAUUUGGAGAGCGUCACAUCUGAGUGCCUCUCCAAGAAGAAAGAUGUACUGGAGUCCCGUGCAUCUGCAGACAACUGUGCCAAAAACCUGUUUUCAUCACCUGGGAGGAAACGCAGCUUCACCCGGCACCCCUCCCUCAUAAAGCUGGCCAAGAGCAUUCAGGAUGACCGGCGCAAGAUCAACUCUGCCCCCACCAGUCCUGUGAAGAGCGCCCCCGGUGAUUCAUCAAACGGGGACUUCCCAAACAAAAUGGCCCAGCUUGCUGCUAUUUGUAAGAUCCAGCUUGACCAGGAGUAUGUACCUGGAGCUGCUGAUCCAAAACCCGCUGCUGCUGCUGUGAGGUCAGAGCAGACCUCUUCCAGUCAAAUGGAUCCACCUCAGGCUCUGUUUCUAACCCCAACCCACGAGUCUGGAAUCAACACUACUGUCCACCUAACCCCCAACACCCCUCUAGGAGCCCUGCCCGCUGGCUCUGUCGCUUACAUCCCUGCACAUUGUUCCUCCAUGAUCCCGGUCCUCUUACCUCAGCAGCGAGGGAACGGACCCUACGCUGUGUAUUUGCAAGCUCCCCCAUCCAGGCCGAAUCCUCUGGCCAGACCGCAGCCGACCAGCCUCGCCGUGCGCUCUAUGACCUUCGAGGAUAAGACGGGGCAGAGUCCGACGGGUCAGUAUGCAGCGAAGAGCCAGCCGGCCUCCAGCAGGGCGGCGGACAUCAGCCCGUUGGCGCUCAAAAGACUGCGGCCGGAUUCCGCCUCAGAGUGCAGCCCCUCCAAAGCCAAGAGGACAGACCCCACCUUCAGGGACACCUCUCCAAAGCUGAGCGAGAUCCUGCAGGCUCGUCUGAAGGCUCAUCGCGGCUCUCAGCUCUCCAGCCGGCCCUCGCCCCGCGCCCUCCACCUGGACCCGGAGUUCGUCAACACACCCGGCGCCCCUGUGGCCAUUCAGACACUCGGGCAGAGCUUGGAAACCUUCCUGGACAGAGAGGACAAGACGGCAGACUCCGACAGGGAGGCGGCGUUAACUCCAGUCCGAGCCGUGCCCAUCACGCCAGGACAACUCCACACUGAGACUUUAGUACCAGCUGGAUAUCUGAUCCCGAUCUCUCAGCAGUCCCUCAUUGGCUACAAAGAAAUGCAAAGUGCGGGGAGAGAAAGCAACAAGGCCCCAACUCCCGCCUACAUCUACAAAACCCCGACAGCAGGAUCAAGGCCCACCCUAGCCCAGGAGAUGACACCCACCAACCUGCGUCUUCACAAACCCGUCGCCCUCGCCUCGCCUCAAGCCGCCCAGCUAGCCCGGCGCCUCCACAGCCCCAGUCCUGCCAUCCUGAACUUCACCCUGCAGAACCUGGGUCUGAUCUCAGGCUCCAGCCCGGGAAGCGCCUUCCCGGACCCCCAGACUCCAGAGAACGCCAACACCAUGCCAAGCCCGCUGAGUCUGCAGCAGAGAGGAAUGGUUUUCAUCAAACCGGUGUCCCCCAUGCCCCUGCAACAGUCUGUGUCAGGGCAACCGCUGGCUUUAAUCAGUUUGCAACAGCCUCUGAUGACCACACCCAAAGGGACCGGGCUCCACCAGCCCAGCUUCUUCCACACGCCAGUCCCCCUCUCCCCUCUUGCUGCCGUGGUAACCACCAGUGGACACCCCGCCACCAAAACUGUUUACAUCCCUCAGAGGAAGCUGGACGUCAACACUGAGGACUCGAGUAAUCCCUGACGGACGCGCUGUGACGUGUGUGUGUGUACAUGGUGUGUGUGUGUGUGUGGGUGAUGUGUUUGUACUCGGGGUGGGUGACGUUUAGUAUUUUACAGUUUUUAUUACCUCUGAAUCUCUCACAGCAGGGGCUCUCACUGUCAUUUUUAUCAUUGCCAGCUCUAUUAAUAGCUGCCGUGCAGACUUCAACUGUGCCCAGUGGACACAACCAGACGAUGAGAUUUCACACAAACUUCACAGGAUACUCAUGAACUGAAGGAGUCAGUGGAGUUCAUCUUUUCUUCCCACCUUUUUUUUUUUUAAAUAUUUGUUAGUUCCUUCUGCUGGUUUGGGCGAUCCAAACGUACAUGAUCUAUCUCCAUAGAAGUGUUAAAAGUCACAUCAGUGCUCUCAAGACGGAUGUUUCUGACCGAAAGACAAGUUUGAUUGGAAACCUGGUUGUUUGAUCAUUUUGUCUCCAAGUUCGAGACGACUUUUGCACAAAUGUAAAUGAUUAACUGUUACCUGGUGGAAUUGUUAAAAACGUGUCGAUAAGAACUAAUCAGACGUUUUGUGAUGUUUAAUUUAUAAAAAAAAAUCUGUUUUAAUGUCCUGAUUAAUGUAAUGUGAUUAUUUUAAUUUGAAUACAUGUUUUCUAAGAACAUCAA